GUGACGUCAUUGGCUCUGACCAAUGACGAGGCGCGCUCAGAGAGCGCGCGGAUAUCGGGCCAGGUCGGUUCGGUCUCUCAGGCGCGGGAGCGACAAUGCCGAACCAUUGGAUAUGGCUCGGGGACAGCGACAGCGACAGUGACCAGAAGGCGAUGAAGACCAAGAAGAGACCCUGGGAGGACGACGAUGACGACGAUGACGAUGACGACGACGACGACGACGAUGACGACGAAGAGGACCCCCAGCUGUCUCUGGAGGCUAUGAGGGUGCUGGGCCGACUAAAGGACAUGGACUGUCCCUUCCUUGAGGGUCUUUAUAUUACUGGACCAAGGACAAUAAAACAGCUCCUGUGUGUGCCCUCAAUUUACCGUUUGGAGAUUCUGGAAUGGUUGUUUGCAAGACUGUACCCUUCCUUUGGGGAUUCAUUUGCAAUUGUGUCGGACUCGGGGACAAAAGAGAAAAUAACAGAGCUGACCAGACUUGGCCACGAACUGAUGCUGUGUGGGCCAGAUGAUCAAGAUCUCAUUAAGGGUUCUGCUGCUGUGAAGGAACAACUUGAUUUCUUUAAUAAGUUAUUGGAUGUGAUCACAAGUCUGGGUCCUGAACAUGCCACCAAUUUCUUCAGUGUGGAGGAGAACUUUCACAACUUAGCAAAGGACAACAAGAUACUACUGAAGAAGGUCUUCACAAGUCAUGUCCACAGGGAGAUCCUGGAUCCCAAAUUGAGUCCCUUGCCUCUGGACAUAGAGCCGGGAUCCCGUGGGCCAAAGGAAAAUCUGCAUAGAAUGCCGCAGGAGGCAAAGAAGACGAAGGUGGAAGAGCUUUCUGAAAAACUGACUAAGCUCACUGAAAUGCUGCAAGCACACAAUGAAGAGGUCCUCAGUCAUCAGGAUAGUGUCAACAGACUGUUCUUGCCAAAUUCUGCUGGGCGCCCUGUGCAGUGUUCUCACAGUGGGAAAAUCUCCAGGCAAAGUAGUGGCACUUUGGGCUUGACUCUCUCAGAUUUCUGUCACCUCGUCAUUGGUUUUUUACACGUUUUUGAGGAUGAGCUUCAUGAGCACUGUGACUGCCCAGCCCCCAACAUCAACCCGUGUGGCCCAUUCUUUAAGUCUGUACAUGAGACUUUGAACCUCUGCAACCAGGGGCUAAAAGCUGUCAAUGAAGUCAUGGAUACCUCUGAGAAGGUGGAGAAUAUAGCAGAGCAGCCACAACAGAAGAAGGCCUAUUUGAGUGGAACCAACUGCAUGGUGACCUUGGUUGAAAAAAUGAAAGAGUUAAAACGGAAAUAUGAACUCUUCCAAGACAGUCCUCAGACAUCCGACGGAAGUAUGAACAAAAGCUAAGCAUUCAUUCCCUGGUUCCCCAGCUCCUUGGGACUUGGCUGUCCCUGGUGUUUGGGAAAGGAGAGAGAACACUUUGGUUAUGAGGCAAGUUUCUGUUUGCUUUUCAAAAACUAACUGGUUUUUGUUAAUAUCAACUUGACAAGCACCAACAAUGGAUAAACAGAAAAAAAAGGAUUAUACAUGAAACCACACAAAGUUUAUUAUGUACAUCUUACUUUUUAAGAAGUGUUUAAUAAAAUCAGCACCUUAGUUUC